AUGCGCAUAACACCACGGCGAAGCUCCCGCUCUCGACACAGGGACAAGCAACGUCUCUUUGUGAAGCUUCAUUUUCCGUUGAACUUCCUUACAGCACCCCUGAUAGCGGAUCUUUUUCUUCUUGCCAUCCUCGCUAUUGGCCGAGAAGAAGUGCAUGAUGGAACGAUCGGCGCAAACAACAUCAAACCAUAUGAUAUCAUGAUCUUCUUCCUGACACUGGCCUACAUUGCCAUAUCAGUGGACGCGUCCGGACUGAUCAGGUAUCUGGCCUUCAAGGUUUUGCAGAAGGGAGGUAAAGUCGGCCACCGACUCUUUUUUUACCUAUACGCUUUCUUCUUUGGCCUCGGCACCUUCAUUGGAAACGACCCGAUCAUUUUGUCUGGCACGGCGUUUCUUGCGUACAUGACCCGCGCAUCAAAGAAUAUCGUUCAUCCCCGAGCCUGGAUUCAUAGUCAGUUCGCGAUAGCUAACAUUGCCUCUGCGAUCCUGGUAUCCUCCAACCCCACGAACCUUGUUCUCGCCGGUGCUUUUGAGAUCAAGUUCAUCGUCUAUACCGCCAACAUGAUCGUCCCAGUGGUGGUGACGGCCAUCGUGAUUUUCCCAUUUUUGCUGUAUAUCAUCUUUGCUGAUGAGUCCCUGAUUCCUCUUUCGAUCGAGAUGCACAAGCUCGACCAAGCGGUAAUGGAAAAGACACCUGUCAACCCCAACAUCCCCAAUGCCCGGGGGACGGCUGAGGAGGAAGAGCAGGAGCAGGAGGGGGCAGCCGGCAGUGAACAAGUCAAGUCUCUCUCUUUAGAGGAGAUCAUGAACCCGUUUUUGGACAAAAAGGGCGCAACUUUCGGAGCGCUCAUUAUGGCUGCCACACUCAUUGCCGUUCUUGCUCUCAAUGCAUCAAGUCAGAAUGAUGAGGAGCAUCCCGUUUUCUGGGUGACGCUUCCAGCUGCCGUGAUCAUGUUUUGCUGGGAUGUUGGAUUCGGUUGGAUUCAUCGCGAGGAGACCCGCGAUAUCGCCGCCAGGGGUCGAAAAGAGAUUGAGGACGCGAGAGCAGAGAAGGAAUCACGAAAGAGAGAGCUGGACUCGGCAAAGUCAAGCCCGGAGAUGAUGGGGCGCGAUCAGUCUGAACAGUGUGAUGAUUCGGAUAUGCGCUAUCGCGGACCGCAAAUUGAUGAGAGUGUCUCUCGCAAGGCGACUGAUAGCAGUGUUGGCUCAACACUACCUCAUUGUGAGAUCGGGACGCCGUCUUCGGCUUCUGCGCUUGUCGAUAAAGAGAAGUUCCCAGAGCUACAAACAUCCGGACUCGCGAUGGACAGCAAACAAAUAGCCGUGAUGUCUUCGCCGGAGGAAUUGGAUACAAAACAAAUCACCGACACCGCAGACGAGAAACAACACGAGAUCUCAUUCGAAGAAAAUGGGCCGCCGACAUUACUGUCUUUAUCCGCUGACCUCUACCGCUGGCUGCAGGAGACAUUCCCUACGGUUACAGUUGUUGUAUCGCACAUGCCAUUCCCACUGCUACCCUUCGCGUUUGCCAUGUUCGUCCUCGUACAAGCACUCGUUACGAAAGGCUGGGUUCCCGUGUUCGCCUACGGAUGGAACCACUGGGUGAACAAGACCGGGACAGUGGGUGCAAUUGGUGGAAUGGCAUUCUUGUCCGUAAUAUUGUGCAACUUUGCCGGCACCAACAUCGGCACUACGAUUCUGCUUUCACGUGUCAUCCAAGCGUGGAAACUAAUUGCCGAUGAAUCUGGGGUUCCAAUCAGCGAUCGCACAUGGUGGGCGACUAUCUACAGCAUGGCACUCGGCGUUAACUACGGUGCAUUCAGUACUGCGUUCAGUGCAUCCCUGGCUGGUAUGCUAUGGCGAGACAUCCUGAUGAGAAAACAUAUCCGUGUGGGGAGUCUGGAGUUCGCGCGUGUGAAUCUUCCCAUCAUUGCUCUCUCUAUGGUGGUUGGGUGUGUCGUGCUUAUUGGCGAGGUGUAUAUUAUGAGAACUGACAAGCCAUACAAACCGGUCUGA